AAGGGCGUGUUUCCACUCUGUAUCACUCUGUGACUAGUGUUGAGUCCGGUUGACAGUACCUUGGGUGACCUUCAAGCCCCAUGUAGCAGCCUCCAGGCGGCUUUGAGAGGAGAUUUGUUUUUUGUUCGCCCCAGCAGGCGCCUUUAAGCAGGUGCCCUGUGGGCUCGGGUUGGGGGAAGGAGGGGGAGAGGCCCUACCCUUGUCCUGUCCCGGUGCGGGGAUGUUCAGUGCGGUGGUUACACGGUGGCGGCGGCGGCUCUCCCACUGACGGCCCUCGGGGGGGCCAGAGCAUGUUGCUGCGCCGUUGCCGCUGGACUCUGGGCGGCGUGGGGAAGGUGCUGAGCCGGCCGGGGAGAGGAGGAGGAGGAGGAGGCGGGGGGACGAGGGAGCCGAGGGCAGGCCCAGCGCCAGCGUCAAGCCCCGGCCUCCACCUCCACCAACGCCCGGCCUCACCGCCGCUGCUGCUGCCGCCGCCGCACCUCAGGCUCACGGUUACCUGGUCACGCCCAGGCCCAGGCUCCAGCUGCUUCCCCCGGCACCAGGCCUGCCUCUCCCGCCGCUACGGUGCCGGCAAACCCGCCCCCAAGAGACAAGCGGCCGAGCCCUGCUCGUACCCGAGGGCCGAGGACAGAGCGGCGGCCGGCGCCGGGACUCCAGAGCUGUAUGAAAAUCCAUGGACAAUUCCAAACCUACUCAGUAUGGCAAGGAUUGGCUUGUCACCAUACUUGGGUUACCUAAUAGUAGAAGAAGAAUUCAACCUAGCUCUUGGUCUUUUUACCUUGGCGGGCAUUACUGAUCUGUUGGACGGCUACAUUGCACGAAACUGGGCGAAUCAGAAAUCGGCUUUGGGGAGUGCCCUGGACCCAUUAGCAGACAAAAUUCUGAUCAGCGUUUUGUACGUCAGUCUCACGUGCGUUGAGCUUAUUCCAGCUCCUCUCACUGUGAUGGUCCUUAUGCGAGAUGUCAUUUUGGUUGCAGCGGGUUUCUAUAUUAUUAGAUACCGAACAGUUCCAGCACCAAGAACACUAAGCAAAUAUUUCAACCCGUGUUAUGCUACUGCCCAAUUGAAACCAACUUUUAUCAGCAAGGUUAACACGGCAGUUCAACUUGUACUCGUGGCUGCAUCACUAGCAGCUCCAGUUUUCCAGUUUGUGGACAGUGUGUUCCUUCAUACUUUAUGGUAUGUCACAGCCCUGACCACAGUGGCAUCAGCAUACAGCUACUACCUCCACGGCAAAAAUACUGUGCAAGUGCUGAACCGGGCAAAGUAAAUCAAACUGCAUCGCUGACAAUGGCGUCUGGAAUCAGUCUGAGCAAAGCAGGGAAUGGAUCUUGAUUUUUAUGCAGAAAAGACAUUGAUUAAAAUAAUGUAGAUAUAUAUGGAAUUUUUUUUCCUACAAAUGAUACAAAUUUAUUAAUAAAAGUUUAAAAAUCUG